UACAGGUAUUUGUCAACCGGAACAAAUUUUAUAGCACUGCAGUUCGAAUUUUUACUUGGACGAAGUACUAUAAGAAGUAUACUUCGAGAAACGUGCCAAUCUUUAUGGGAGACCUUACAACCCCAAGAAAUGCCAGAACCUGACYCCAACCAAUGGCUAGAUAUAGCCAACAAAUUUUAUUUAAAAACCAACUUCCCAAACUGCAUUGGAGCAGUCGACGGGAAGCAUAUCCAUUGUGUUAAUCCAAAUAAUACAGGGUCACUAUUUUUUAACUACAAAAAAUAUUUUUCCAUUGUGCUAAUGGCUGUAGUGGACGCUGAUUAUUGUUUUAUUGCUAUUGACGUUGGUGCAUAUGGUAAAGACAGCGACUCGACAAUUUUCAAAGAGUGUCCAUUUGGAAAAAAACUUUACUCUGAACAGUUGAAUUUACCAGCAUCUACUUGCUUACCUAACACAAACAACAGUCCACAGACUUACGUCAUUAUUGGGGAUGAAGCAUUUGGCUAACAUAGAAAUCUUUUGAGGCCAUACCCUGGGCGAGGUCUUACAUUAAAACGAAAAAUAUUUAACUACCGCCUAUCCAGAGAGUUGAAUGUGCGUUUGGUAUAUUGGCAAACAAAUGGAGGGUUUUACAUAGUGCUAUAUUAGUUGAACCUAAUUUUGCGGACGAUGUGGUAAAAGCGUGCUGCAUUUUACACAAUUAUGUCAAACGUAGGGAUGGGUAUAAAUUUGAAGACACUCUUUCAAAUAAUUUGGAAGAUUUUCAAAAUAGAAAUUCAAAUAGAAAUUCAGGAGCUCGUCAACAAGGCAUAGAAGUUCAGUACCUUUCCAAUAUCGUUUUGUAUAGCAAUUUUUCAAUUGUGUGAACAAAUAUACCUAUAAUAAUCAUUAAGUUAACUUUAUAUUACAUUUGAG